GUUUCCCGGCGGGCCUACAGUGGCGGGCGCCCAAGAUGGUCGCCCCGGCAGCUCCGUAGAGGCGGCCGCGGCUCAGUCUCGGGCUUUAGGGCGAGGCGGGCGUCUAGAAGCAGGCUUCGCCCAGGUGACAGGAGGUCGGGGAGGUGCCGCCGGGCCUCGUGGGGUGCCAGGCCCGCUCGCUGCAGUCCCCGGGCCCCGCCGCCUCCCUAUCCCUGCCCCCGGGUGGAACCGAAGAAGGUCAGGUCCGCCGCCCCGCCCGUCCUCGCCUCAGGGCGGACGCUGUGUGUGGGUGGCUCACUGUUUAACAUUGACUUCACCCCAGUGCAUUCUCCAUGGCGGCCUCGCAGGUCCCGGGGGAGAAGAUUAACAUCCAGGCAGGAGAGACGGCCAAGGUCGGGGACAGGGACCUGCUGGGGAACGGCUGUCCCGAGCAGGACAAACCACCAAAGCGCUCGUGGAGGCAGAAGUGCGCCUCCUAUGUUCUGGCCCUGCGGCCCUGGAGCUUCAGUGCCUCACUCACCCCGGUGGCCCUGGGCAGUGCCCUGGCCUACAGAUCCCAGGGCGUCCUGGAUCCCAGGCUAUUGGUGGGUUGUGCGGUAGCUGUCCUCGCUGUGCACGGGGCUGGCAAUUUGGUCAACACUUACUACGACUUUUCCAAGGGCAUUGACCACAAAAAGAGUGAUGACAGGACCCUGGUGGACCGAAUCUUGGAGCCCCAGGAUGUCGUCCGGUUUGGAGUCUUCCUCUACACCUUGGGCUGUGUCUGUGCUGCUUGCCUCUACUACCUGUCCCCUCUGAAACUGGAGCACUUAGCUCUCAUCUACUUCGGAGGCCUGUCUGGCUCCUUUCUCUACACAGGAGGAAUUGGAUUCAAGUACCUGGCUCUGGGAGACCUCAUCAUCCUCAUCACUUUCGGCCCGCUGGCUGUGAUGUUCGCCUACGCCGUCCAGGUGGGGUCCCUGGCGGUCUUCCCGCUGGUCUACGCCAUCCCCCUCGCCCUUAGCACCGAGGCCAUCCUCCAUUCCAACAACACCAGGGACAUGGAGUCCGACCGGGAGGCUGGCAUCGUCACGCUCGCCAUCCUCAUCGGCCCCACUCUCUCCUACGUGCUCUACAACACGCUGCUCUUCCUGCCCUACCUGAUCUUCAGCAUCCUGGCUGUGCACUGCAGCAUCAGCCUGGUACUGCCCCUGCUCACCAUUCCCAUGGCCUUUUCCCUCGAGAGACAGUUCCGAAGCCAGACUUUCAACAAACUGCCCCAGAGGACUGCCAAACUCAACCUUCUGCUGGGCCUCUUCUACGUUUCCAGCAUCAUUCUGGCACCAGCAGGCAGUCUGCCCAAACUCUAAGGGGGCCGGCAGCCGCACCCCACAACACGUCCCCCUUUUCUUAGAAUGUGUUGAAGGCAGAGUGUCUGAGGAGGGAAGGUGAUUUGGCAGCGAGGGGCUUAAGGAUGGCUUGUGAACGCCCACCUUUUUUUAUUAUUACAUUCUUAAAGAGAA